UGCUAGGGGAUGCUGUGUUGAAGGAGGUGCUGUUUUUCAGAUGAGAUAUAAAACCGAGGCACUGAAGCACUCAUUCUCUUUAAAGAUCCUAUGGCAAAAUCUGCAAGAUUGAGGUGUUAACCCUGACCUCCCAGCCAGGACAGAAGCCAGGAGAUCUGAACAUCUUUUGAUCAACGCUCCUGCUAAGCACUGAUGUGGUUAAAACUUCCUAGCCGGAUCCAACACAGUCUGUGGGAGAUUUGGUCACAGCUGCCCCCUCUCAGAAAUGUGGAAUAUUCCUUUCACCAGCUGAGGGAUCUGGGACAUCAGCUGCUUGGUCCCAGCUGACAGUCUACCCUCAGUUGCUGCGCUCCAAGAGCCAGGAAGCAUAAAGGUGCCAAGAGUUUAGGAUGGACAAGGACUUCGCUCCUUCCCCUCACAGGGUCCGCAGAUGUAUUCCAACCCUGGGAGCCUGCUCCAGCCCCAGUCGCAUCCCAGGUUUAUCGGCCCGGCCGGUGGGAGGUGGGGGGCCGGUGCCUCUCAGCCCCAAGCUGAGAAAGGAAACCCACCCUGACUCCUUCAGCCAGGACUCCGCAAGGCAGAUUCCACUUGCAAAGGGGAGAGUAAGUGCCAGGCCUAACUCUAAGCUUGCAGGCCCAAGGGAGCUGAGUAGGCCCGGGCUGCCCAUCCUGUGCCCUCUUCCCCAUUCAUCCAGGUCCCUUCCGUGGACUACUGCCAAUGGUUUGGCACCACGGAAGCUGAGCUCCAUCUCAUUUACCCUCCGCCGGAGCGGCUGUGCACCUCCACCUGAUCGGCAACUGCUCCCACCAGCCUCUGCAAGGAGAGAGCUCCACUGUCCACUGGGGAAGGAAGCACCAGGAGGGGAACUGCCCUUGUCGAAUCUGCAGCCGUUACCUGGAGUACAAGCCUUGCCCACAAGAGUGCCUCUUGGCUGCAUGGAAGAACAAACAAAUACCUGGCAUGAUGAGCAAAUCAGUGCUGCAUAUCCAGGGUCAGAGAUGCCCACCGCAUUGCUUCCCUCAGGUCCAGAUUUCCAGAGGGGCUCGGCCCGUGCUACCCAUGCUUCUCCUCUGUCACAUCCCCAAGUCAAGGGAAAACAUCCCAUGAACUCAUCCAUGACAGCAGCUGGUCAAGAGGACCACGUGGCUACCAAGAGAUACAAUGACCCACUUGGCAUGGGAAUUCUCCAAGGGCCACUUGGGUGUGGGAAUAUGUCAAGUCCCAUUCCUGAGCUGUGUGCUGAGGGGCUAGCUCUGGGGGGCCAACUCUCUGCAGCAGAUACCAUGAUGUCUCCUGUGAUGGACACAGCUGGGCCAGCAUGGUCAGCAGACAACAAGAUUGAGACAGCUAUGUCUGAGCUGGUGCCGGAGCCCCGGCAAAAACCAGCAGUGCCAAUGAAACCUGUUGGCAUUAACUCCAACCUGCUGGGCUACAUUGGGAUCGACACCAUCAUUGAGCAGAUGCGCAAGAAGACCAUGAAGACGGGCUUUGACUUCAACAUCAUGGUUGUAGGUCAAAGUGGGCUGGGGAAAUCAACACUGGUGAACACCCUCUUCAAAUCCCAAGUUAGCCGCAAGUCUUCAGGCUGGAACCGUGAGGAGAAGAUCCCUAAGACAGUGGAGAUCAAGGCCAUUGGGCAUGUCAUUGAAGAAGGUGGUGUCAAGAUGAAACUAACGGUAAUUGACACCCCAGGAUUUGGUGACCAGAUCAACAAUGAGAAUUGCUGGGAGCCCAUCGAGAAAUACAUCAGUGAGCAAUAUGAAAAAUUCCUGAAGGAGGAAGUGAAUAUUGCAAGGAAGAAACGAAUCCCAGACACACGAGUCCACUGCUGUCUCUACUUCAUCUCCCCCACCGGUCACUCCUUGCGACCCCUGGACCUAGAGUUCAUGAAACAUCUCAGCAAAGUAGUAAACAUCAUCCCUGUUAUCGCCAAGGCAGACACCAUGACUCUGGAAGAGAAGACUGAGUUCAAACAAAGGGUGCGCAAAGAACUGGAGGUGAAUGGGAUCGAGUUUUACCCCCAGAAAGAGUUUGAUGAGGACCUGGAGGAUAAAACAGAGAAUGACAAAAUCAGGGAAAGCAUGCCGUUUGCAGUGGUGGGCAGCGACAAGGAAUACCAAGUAAAUGGCAAAAGAAUCCUGGGCAGGAAAACUCCCUGGGGCGUCAUUGAAGUGGAAAACCUCAAUCACUGUGAAUUUGCCCUACUUCGAGACUUUGUCAUCAGGACCCACCUGCAAGACCUAAAAGAAGUGACGCACAACAUCCACUAUGAGACCUACAGGGCCAAGCGGCUGAAUGACAAUGGGGGGCUCCCCCCAGUGACCGCCGAGACAGAGGAGAACCACGAAAGUAAUCUGUGAAUCACUCCUCCCACUGUCUGGAUAUUACAACCCGUCCCAGCUACCUUUGAGUUUACUGUAGGCCUGUCUUCAAAGCAUGUGGCACAUCCUCUGUGUGUGCGUGUAUGGGAGAAGGAGCAGGGGCUUUCCUUUCUCCUUCCUAGAAUGUCGUCAUUCUCGGUUUUUUGCACAGGCUGUUUGUUGUCUUCCCCCUCUCUCGUGUUCUGUGGUUCAGUUGCAUGUCUUGGUUGUGGGAAGUAGCGGAGGGAAUGCUGGGAGAUUUGAUUUCUGGGGUUUGGGGUGUUUGGGGAGGAUGACUUGGUUCUGUGUUUGCACAUUUGAAAAGCAUAGAAAGACUCCAAGGACAGACAGAUUGAUCAAUGAGCACAGUGCCUUCCGAAUGGUGGUGGCAUUGGAGAACCUCUUCCUUCAUGUGAGUGGAGUUCCCUGGUGUGGGUGGGGAAGGUAGGCGGUUGAUUAGGGGGAGUGAUAGGUGGCUAUGGCAUAUCUGUUUUCUCACUGAGGCCUGUUAAAAAAGGGAAGGAGAGGGGGGGAGUUAGUGGUAAUUUGUGGCUGGGAGGAGAGCAUAUUAUCAUAUUUUUCCAGUCCAUGUUCUUACUGGGAGAUGCGUGAUGGUGGGAAGUGAGCACAAAUUAGAUCUUGGACCUUAGGAUUUCAUUGUAAGAUCUAGCAGCUGUUGUUUUACCUUCCUAUCACAGGUGUCUAGGAGGAGAGAGACUACGAAAAACCAGGAACACUAAUUGAGGGACAAAUCCUGAGGUCUUCACUCAGGGCCAAAUAGCGGCAUUUAGCCACUGCCUUGGAAUUGGUAGGGUGGCUCCCUGCCCCAGCAGGCAGGGGGUCCGGGUAGGCUGCCCCAUCUUUUAGGAUACUUCAGCUUGCUGCCCCCAGUGUGCUCGGCCCACUUUGCAAGCCAAUGCAAAGGGUGAGGAGAACAGGCCUGGGCAUAGCUCUAUUGCUUCCCUUCCUGUAGGGCAACAUAUACCUGCUGGGACACAGCAGAGGGGCAGGCCCUGCACUCCCCUGCAAUUGCGAAUGCCCCUUGCACAUGACACACAGGGUAGGCUGCCUGCGUAGUCACCCAUGCAAGGGCCACCCAAAACCUGGCCCCCAGGAGUUUACUCAGACAGAACUCCCAACGAAGCAAAUGGGCCAAGCCGAGUCCUCACACGGUUUUUACCCAGUAUUUACUUGGACAAAAUUGUCCCUGAAGCCAUGGGAGACGUGCCUAAGUAAAAAAAUGAAUGAGGGCCUUGGAACGUGUCCUAGAGUUAAAUGCUUGAAACUAUGCCAACACCAGUAAGUGUGAAUCACACGUACUAGUGUGAACAUGAGGCCAUCCCUUCUUUCCUUAGCACAAAGAGCUGGCUUCACUGGAACUAGCUCGUGGACAAACUGGGAAGAAUUUUGGCUGGCCUGCUGGUCUUGGGUCAAGUGAUCCCCUCUACACCCACCAGUCCUCGGCACACUCUCACUAGUUAGUUAUUGAGGACAUCAGAGGAUGUAUAGAGGGGGAGAAAUAUGCACUAAGGGAGUGUGAAUGAGAAAGGAAAAGGGACAUUAGCAGCAGAGGAAAUCAUCAUUUCCAGGACUGGAGUGAGUUUCCACACAAGAACAGCUCCUAAUUCUGUUGGGAAACAUCAUGUGGUCCCUUUAUCUGCUGUAUAGGAUUCUGCUUUUAGGGAAGGAGGAGAGAAAAAUACACAUGACCCUUGCGCCCCCGCCCCCAGCCAGAACCACCCACUUUUGACGUAGUGCUGGAUACCAGUCCUUGAGCAAGUGAGAACUAUGGAUACCUUGUGAGGUUCUUUGCAGAUUGUCCACACUGGGAACCUUUCCACAGGCUUACCCCCGGGUCCAGAGCCUCUACUGUGCUUUUGGAUUCUUUGGGGUGAAAUGUGGGCAUUAUAGAGAUGUAAAGUUAAUAUCUUAUUCAAUUGCUUUAUGAAGAAAUGCUUUUUAAUCCCCUGGAUUUCUUGCUCUAGGGAUCCCUUUCCCCUUCCCAGUAACAGCUAUAUCAUUCUCCAGCUCUCAAACAAACGUGGUCAGUCUCUGCACAGCUUCCACAUGUGAAUAGCAACUGCUUUAUCAGUUUCCCCCUCUGAUCUUCCAAGAGACAGCCUGUUAUUUGAUUAAGGGACUUGUCUCUCUCUCAGCACUGAGCCCUAGAUUAGGGGUAGAUGUAGUCACUGAAUGGUUAUAUCAGUUUUCUUAACACUAAGGCCUCUACUUUGUAUUUUAGCUGUGGAGAAACAGCAUUACAUAAGAACAUAAGAAUCGCCCUACUGGGUCAGACCAAAGGUCCAUCUAGCUCAAUAUCCUGUCUUCCGACAGUGGCCGCUGCCAGGUGCCCCAGAGGGAAUGAACAGAACAGGUAAUUAUCAAGUGAUCCAUCCCGUGUCGCUCAUUCCCAGCUUCUGGCAAAGAGAGGUUAGGGAUGCCAUUCCUGCCCAUCCUGGCUAAUAGCCAUUGAUGGACCUAUCCUCCAUGAAUUUAUCUAGUUCUUUUUUGAACCCUGUUAUGGUCUUGGACAUCACAACAUCCUCUGGUAAGGAGUUCCACAGGUUGACUAUGCAUUGUGUGAAGAAAUACUUUAUUUUAUUUGUUUUAAACCUGCUGCCUAUUAAUUUCAUUUGGUGACCCCUAGUUCUUGUGUUAUGAGAAGUAGUAAACAACGCUUCCUUAUCUACUUUCUCUACACCAGUCAUGAUUUUAUAGACCUCAAUCAUAUCUCCCCUUAGUUGUCUGUUUUCCAAGCUGAAAAGUCCCAGUCUUAUUAAUCUCUCCUCAGAUGGAAGCCGUUCCAUACCCCUAAUAAUUUUUGUUGCCCUUUUCUGAACCUUGUCCAAUUCUACUAUAGCUUUUUUGAAACGGGGCAACCACAUCUGCAUGCAGUAUUCAAGAUGUGGGCAUACCAUGGAUUUAUAUAGCGGCAACAUGAUAUUUUCUGUCCUAUUAUCUAUCCCUUUCUUAAUUAUUCCCAACAUUCUGUUUGCUUUUUGGACUGCCACUGCACAUUGAAUGGAUGUUUUCAGAGAACUAUCUACAAUGACUCCAAGAUCUCUUUUUUGAGUGGUAACAGCUAAUUUAGACCCCAUCAUUUUACAUGUAUAGUUGGGAUUAUAUUUUCCAAUGUGCAUUACAUUGCAUUUAUCAACAUUAAAUUUCAUCUGCCAUUUUGUUGCCCAGUCAUCCAGUUUUGAGAGAUCCUUUUGUAGCUCUUUGCAGUCUGCCUGGGUCUUAACUGCUUGAGUAAUUUUGUAUCAUCUGCAAAUUUUGUCACCUCACUGUUCACCCCUUUUUCCAGAUCAUUUAUGAAUAUGUUGAAUAGGACUGGUCCCAGAACAGACCGCUGGGGGACACCAUUAUUUACCUCUCUCCAUUCUGAAAACUGACCAUUUAUACCUACCCAUUAUUUCCUAUCUUUUAACCAGUUACCAAUUCAUGAGAGGACCUUCCCUCUUAUCCCAUGGCAACUUACUUUGCGUAAGGGACCUUGUCAAAGGCUUUCCGAAAAUCUAAGUACACUAUAUCCACUGGAUCCCCUUGGUCCACACGCUUGUUGACCCCCUCAAAGAAUUCUAGUAGAUUAGUGAGGCAUGAUUUCCCUUUACUAAAACCACGUUGGCUCUUCCUCAACAAAUUAUGUUCUUCUAUAUGUCUGACAAUAUUGUUCUUUAUUAUAGUUUCAACCAGUUUGCCCGGUACUGAAGUCAGGCUUACAGGCCUGUAAUUGCUGGGCUCACCUCUGGAGCCCUUUUAAAAAAUUGGCAUCACAUUAGCUAUCCUCCAGUCAUCUGGUACAGAGGCUGAUUUAAAUGAUAGGUUACAUUCUACAGUUAAUAGUUCUGCAAUUUCACAUUUGAGUUCCUUCAAAACUCUUGGGUGAAUACCAUCUGGUCCUGGUGACUUAUUGCUGUUUAAUUUAUCAGUUUGUUCCAAAACCUCCUCUAAUGAUACCUCAAUCUGGGACAGUUCCUCAGAUCUGUCACCUAAAAAGAAUGGCUCAGGUUUGGGAAUCUCCCUCACAUCCUCAGCUGUGAAGACCGAUGCAAAGAAUUCAUUUCGUUUCUCCGCAAUGGCCUUAUCGUCCUUGAGUGCUCCUUUAGCACCUCAAUCGUCCAGUAGCCCCACUGAUUGUUUAGCAGGCUUCCUGCUUCAGAUGUACUUAAAAAAAUAUUUGCUAUUACUUUUUGAGUCUUUGGCUAACUCUUCCUGCCUUGGAGCGGAGUCUCUAACACUGAAGCCCAAGCAUUCCUCUAUUUAGCUCAGCUGUUUAGAAUGCAGCGAGACUGACAAAGAUGGCAGACAGCUGCUGGAAUCAGUCCAGCCUGACGACAAUUGCAAUGAGUUUGGUGAUCUUUGAUCCCAAGAGGAUGCACGUCCCGUGAUUAGUGGUCAUCCCUUAGUAGUAGAAGAGCAGCAGGUCACAUCUGAGAUGGGUUUGCAGAGCUGAGUCAUCCAGCACGGCAACCAGCAGAAAGGGCUGCAGGUCAGGACUGAGGUGUUCUGGAAGAGCUGUUGCAGGUGAGGUUGAGGUAUGCUGGCAGAACCGCAUGAAGCCCAGGACUGGAAGAGCAGGGAGCAUCCUAGAAGUGACAUGCAUUCGCAGAGCUGCGUCAGAGAAGCCUGCGCUGGGUCUGUGGUGUUAGCUAGUGCUAUCACUGCAGGCUAAAGGGCUCUUCAGCAUCUCUCGUCUGUCCAUACAGAUUGGCCAUUCUCAACGUUACUAAGUGUAAAGGCCCCAUCAGCCCUGCUCUGUCCAUCCAUCCGUAUCAACUCCUCCCAGCUCCAAUGCACAGAGAGGGCCUUCAUUGUUGCUCCUGUCCUUCCAUUUGGGCCAGGCAUUCUCAGAUCUAGUGUAGGGCAAAAGCCUCUUCAGUGCUGCCUCCAUCCAUAUCAGCUGUUCCCAGCCCUAAUGGAAGGCGAAAACAUCUUCUGUAGUGCUUCUCUUUAACUAGCCAUUCACAGACUAAUCCAGGGCAAAAACCACCGCAGAACUACUCCUGUCUGUCCAUCGAGCUCAGCUGUUUUAAACCCCACUGAAGGGCAAAAGCAUCUUCAGUGCUGCUUCUGUCCAUCAAUGCGUCUCAGCUGUCCUCAACCCACCCGGGGCCUCUGCUCCUGAGCAGCCAAACAUAUCAUCUGUCCCCCAGCCUUGCUGUGGAGUGAAGGUCUCUUCAGUGUUGCAGCUGCCCAUAAGGCUUCAUCUCAGCUGUUCUCAGCCAGCUGCUGGGGGAAGGCUGCCCCUGCCCAUCCAGCAGGGCAAAGAUUCCAUCAGUGCUUCUCCUAGCCAUUAGGCUGAAGGAUGGAGCCUAAGCCCUGCCAUGCUGGAGAAACUAAGGCUAUGUCUACACUGAGAUAAAAUACCUGCCGCACCGCUGUGGCUGGUCUGGGUCAGCUGACUUGGGCUCAGACUGCAGGGCUAUAAAAUUGCAGUGUAGGUGCUUGGCUGGAGCCCGAGCUCUGAAACCUCACGAGGGGGAGGGUCUCAGAGGCCAAGCUCCAGCCUGAGCCCAAAUGUCUACAAUGCAAUUAAACAGCCCUGUAGCCCAAGCCCUGUGAGCCUGAGUUUGCUGCCCAGAGCUCUGACACUUGCUGUCACAGGUUUUUUAUCACAGUGUAGAUGUACCCUAAAACACUCAAUCUGGCUUCCCCACUAACCACACCCGUUCAUGAUGAACAUACCGGGGUAUUAUCAACUCCAGUGACAUCGGAGUUUCUUUGUGCAGUGGUAAGGCCAUUUCUGCGUCUUUGGGGCCUGGAGAAUGGUCAUUGCAGAGUGCGGAUACCUCCCUGGCUAAUUGAGGGAUGGCCAGCUCCAGGCCACAUGCACAAAGGUGACCGCUUUUCCUUUGUCUGUCACUUGGAUUAUAAGUACUAGGGCCAUGCUCUGUGAUCUGUGUCAAUGGGGCUUGAGUAUGUAGAAGGAGGGUAGUAGAUAUGGUCUUCUGUGGAGGAACUUGGGCCUGAUCGUCCAAGCAGGGAUUCCAGUUCUCUUGUGCCACUCAAGGACCCCCUGUGUAAGAUGAUCUUCCUUAGCAGACAUUAUUUUACUGGCACCCACACAAUGUGCUGAGCAUUUUCCUAACACAUAGGGAUCGAUUGUCCAACCUUUUCUCAAGCAGGCGAACAUUUGCUCACGCAAGCAGCCCUAGUGACUUCAAAGUCUCUCUGACUCCUCCAAUUACCAGGUGUUCAUCAAGAUAAAUAUGGGUUGCACAACCUAGCCCAUAUGGGAAAGGAUGGUCCAGUGAUUAGGGCACUGGCUUAGGAUGUGGAAGAUCUCCUUUCAAUCCCCUGCUCUGCCCAGACAUGCUGUGUGACCUUGGGCAAGUCACUCAGUCUCUCUGUGCCUCAGUUUUCCAUCUGCAUAAUGGGGAUAAUAAUGCAUCCCUACCUCACAAGAGGAGAAAUACAUUACAGAUUGUGAAGUAUUUUGAGAUCUCCUGACGAAAAGUGCUAUAUCAGAAAUAGGUAUUCUUAUUAUUACUGUACUGAGGGAAAAGUGUCAUGUUAGCAUGUUAACUAACAUGUGUUAACUAACAUGAUGUUAAACAUGGCUUUAUCCUUGGUGUGGACCAGGACAGUUGCAUUAAAAAAUGUGUUAAUUCAUCAUGGUUAAUCCUAUGGGGAACUAACCCUGACCAGCUCAUGUUUUUAAACAUACCUGUCCUUGUUCACACUAAGGACAAAGCUGUAUGUAACACAGUGAGGUCCUAUUCCAUGCCUCUGGCACCUACAUGCUAUAAUAAAUAAAUAAAAUAAUAAUAAUAAUAAUAAUAAUGAAUAGCAGCAACACUGUGUUAGUUAACACAUUCUCUAACAGGAUGCUUUCAUUCCCAGCAUAGACAAGGCCUAAGAAGGCAUCUGGAAAGAGGUAAACAUAUAAGUGAAGUGCUCAAGGACUGAACUGGCCAUGUCUUGGUAAGAGAGAGUGUCAAUGACAGUGUGUUGGGAUUUUUUGUAAAAUGUAAAAAUUUCCCCCCAACGACACUUAACAUUGUCUAUCAGUAAAUACAACUGUGAAAAUUUUGAACCUCACUGGAAACAUCAGAGGCUGAUGCAGAUCAGAUGUUGCAGUAAGUUCUUCCCCGGAGAAAACACAUUAUUUAAUGAAUAAUUAUUUCUAAUAAUUAAUUACAAUAACCACACUUUGUAAGUUUGUAGUGCUUUUUAUCCAGAGAUCUCAAAGCACUUUACAAAAGUGGGUAACAAUUACUCCCAUUUUACAGACGUAAACUGAGGCAAAGAGGUUACACAACUUGCCUAAAAUCACCCAGCAAAUCAGGGGCACAGCUGUGAACAGAAUUCACGCAUCUUGAGAACCACAGCUAUACUGCCUCCCCCAUCACCAUGUGCUUUUAAAAACCAAGGGUGGGAAACAUCCUGUACCUUGAACGAACCAUUUGUUGUUUGAACAAACAAUAAGGAACCCAGGGUGACUUCUGAACAGGUUAUUUCUUCCCCAAAAACAUGGGCCAACCUCUGAGCAUGCCCCUCUGAUGUUGGCUGUCUUGCCCACCCUCUCUCCCCUUUCCAGCCCCCAUAUCCUUUAUGCAGCACCUUCCCAUGCAGUACCUCUGAGCUUAAGAAAGAUAUAGGGCUGCUGAUUUCAGAGCAAAUGCCAGUGCAAUGCAGUGGAUGGAUUGGUGAUGCCCAGCAACAAAACAGGUGACUCCACUAUUAAAGCUGGAAGUUCCCGCACAACGUAUUUCAACUAAUAGUGGGUGACAGAGCACCCCGAGUUUUUCUUUCUCCCCACUGCCAACCUGAAAAUCAUUUGGUGCAUCCCAAAAUCUGAUGUACCUUAUUACAGAACUCUACAAAGAAGAACGAAAAAAGUCCCUUAGCAAUCAGGGGACAUCUACUCCCCUUCUCCCCUUUGACGUUACUUAUGAAUCUGGAUGGCAGCUCCAGGGCACCAAGGCUUACAGGGCAGAGAGCGAAAAGAAAUAAAUGCUGACUCCUGCCUUGGUUCUGGAAAUACUGUGCCACCAUCAGCCAUUCAAGACGCACCCACAGGUUUUCAGAAAUCUAGACCCCACUUCUUUCUUUUGGAAGCAAGUGCAGUGGAAGAAAGUUAAUUUUACUUGAGAGAUGGAAGAGCAAGAAAUGGAAGCAUGAACAAGCAAAUGAAACCGGGUUCCUGGCACACCCGUCCCCUGACAGUAUCAUGAUGGAGUCUUCUUGUAUCAGUCCAGUGCUGAUCGAGCAAGAACGAAAUCACACAAACUUGUGGUGUAAAUGUCGCUAGACUUAACUUUCUAUCUGUGUUGUAUGAUUAAACAAAAUGUCACCAUUUGAA